UGUGAAAACGCCGAGUUUCUGACUGCGGCACAUUUAGCUCCACCUCCACGCGGCUCCACAACAAUCCUCGGAUGUGACCCCCCUCUGCCAGAGAAAAAGUCCCGGGCUCUGUUGACCUGGACAGGAAGCGUCCACUUCCUCUGGCCCCCACCUCAGUCUGACUCAGCUGACAACAAGGCCGCGGCAGAAGGAGCCCAGUGGCCGUUGGCUGCUGGGAAGAGGGACCUUGAGUUCCUGCUUCUGCCUGUGGGGGGAGUGGUUUCACACCAAUACAACAGGUUGUGUGUGUAAUUAUUACUAAUUACUAAUGUUUACCCGUCCAUAAACGGGUGGAAGGAAGCUCUGCGAUGAACCAGCGGAUGGGUCAAAGGUCAGCGGUGGAAGGUGGUGAGGGUGCAGGGGCUGUUCCCAGAAUAAACUUCAGCUGCUGCAUCAGAAACCCGGGCGUCGGUUUGAUGCUCACAGACAUCAGAGGUCGUGGACGGCGUUGUCCUGGAAACCGGCCCAUCACCCUCCUCCUUCUGCCCCUGGUUCCGCUGCCACAGCUGGAGCAGCUGAGCUCAGGAAACAACGGGUGGAUGCCUGAAUAAAGGCUUUAACCUCCUGAAGGCAGCGUCAUCUCACAAGUCUGACCCAGUUCGCCAGAACACAAGGUCAGUGCCACAGCUCAGCCGCCAUUUGGCAAAUGAGAGUUACACAAUUUUGAUUUAGUCCGAAAGCUCAGAGAGAUUAAGUCCUGCAGAAAUCCUCCUGUGACGGAUGGUCCAACACGUCUGAUCAAAGUGAUCAGAGCGAACCCGACCGGUUCUGUGCCGUGGGCAUCACUGUUUCCAAGGCAACGGCACAGAACCAGAACCAUUCUUUGAUUGAGAGUAGGGAAUGAAGCACAGCAGCAGGACGCCACGGGCCUCGUUCUUCAAGCCGGGCCUGCGUCUGAAGCUGCAGGAAAUGGGCCUAAAGCGCUGACAGGUCUCAUUCCAUCAGAAUCUCUGUGGUUCUGCUGCUGCCUCACUCUGAUGCUGAUCAUAUGGUUUCACAGUGUAAAUGAAGUGUCACCUGCUUCCUGUCGGUAAAGCUCCGCCUACCUGUCAAUCAUCAUACCCGUCACUGUCGGUUCUGCGUCUGGUUUCCUUCACGUCUUCUCAUGUUUCACCAGCUGAGUCAUGACAACAGUCAUAUUCAGUUCAUACGUCCACAAACUGAUCACUGCAGACAGGAUCCAACAACACAAAGCCAAGGAACCCUCCGCCGACCCGGCAGGAGUCAGGAGCUUUUCAUUUGUUUCUACGGUUGAACCAGGGAAGAUUUGCUGAUUAAAGGCUCUGACGGGAUCAAUGUGGUGCAUUUAGGCUCCAACGCUUUGGUCCCUCCAUUAGUGAGAGUGUUCAUCCUCAUCAGCGUUUAUCAGUGCAAUGACCUGACACACACACACACACACACACACACACACACACACACACACACACACAUUUAUAAACGCUCGUCUGCUUCUCCUGCCUCUGAUUGAACUAUUGGGAGAGGCACACAAACGCUGCAGGGCUCGGUUCUGAGCCACAGGAGUCAGUUUAAAAACACAUGUUGAUGCUGCUGGCUUGAUCUGCAUGUGAUCAGCUGAGUCCCCCUCAGUGGAUCAGAACCCCUGAAGACUGAAUGGAGUGAUUGGAUCUGGUAGUGGCUCUGGUUGGUUCCUGACCCGUCCAGGUAAGAGAAGCUCUGGGCCGCUCUCGUUCAUGACAAUGACAUGUAAAUUACAUGUUCAGCUGUGGUUCUGAGCCAAAAGCUACUUUAAACGUGUCUAGAUCGGGUCACGUGACCGAGGCUGUUUUCUUUAUUGAGCGUUUCUCGCCUGUCAAUCACCCGCCCACACACCGAGUGCGCGAGGAGGAGGGAGAAAGAGAAGCGGCGAUGAGCGGCGCGAGCAGCGCGCUCCUGACGGCCACGCGGCAAAGCGUCGCGGACGGCGGCUCGGCGGCGGAGCAGCGGCUGACGGCGCUUCCUGCGUCCGCACACACGGUCGCCAUGGUGCCCAGGUCCAGGGUCCCGUUCCCCACGGUGGACGUUCCUGACCACGCCCACUACACCAUUGGCUCUGUCAUCCUCGCCAUCGGCAUCACCGGUCUGGUCGGCAACUUCCUGGUCAUUUACGCCUUCAGCAGGAGUCGCAGCCUGAGGUCACCGGCCAACAUGUUCGUCAUUAACCUGGCCGUCACAGACCUGCUGAUGUGUGUCACCCAGACGCCCACGUUCUUCAUCACCAGCAUGAACAGGAGGUGGAUUUUUGGAGAGAGAGCCUGCGAGCUCUAUGCCUUCUGUGGCGCUUUGUUCGGUAUCUGCUCCAUGAUCACGCUGACGGUGAUCGCCGUUGACCGAUACUUUGUCAUCACGCGACCUCUGAGCUCCAUCGGUGUGUUGUCAAGGAAGCGGGCCCUCCUCAUCCUCACGGCGGCUUGGACCUACUCUCUGGGUUGGAGCCUGCCGCCAUUUUUUGGCUGGAGCGCCUACGUCCCUGAAGGGCUGAUGACGUCCUGCACGUGGGACUACAUGACCUUCACCCCGUCCGUGCGAGCCUACACCAUGCUGCUCUUUAUCUUCGUCUUCUUCCUGCCGCUCUUCAUCAUCAUCUGCUGCUACAUCUUCAUCUUCCGCGCCAUCCGCUCCACCAACCGGGCCGUGGGGAAGAUGCACGGCAGCAGCCGUGACUCCAUGAAGAGCCUCCACCGCCUGCAGAACGAGUGGAAGAUGGCCAAGAUCGCCCUGAUGGUCAUCCUGCUCUACGUGGUGUCCUGGUCCCCGUACUCCACGGUGGCUCUGACCGCCUUCGCCGGCUACGCAGACAUGCUGACCCCCUACAUGAACUCUGUGCCCGCUGUCAUCGCCAAGGCGUCGGCCGUCCACAACCCCAUCAUCUACGCCAUCACUCACCCCAAGUACCGGCUGGCGUUGGCCAAGUACAUCCCCUGCCUCGGCGUCCUGCUCUGCGUUCGCCCUCGCGACCUCCGCUCCGCCAGCAGCAGCUUUGUGUCCACGCGCCGCUCCACCGUGACUAGCCAGACCUCGGACGUCAGCGGCCAGUUCAGACGGCAGAGCACGGCCAAGUCCCGGCUGUCCUCCGCCUCCGACAGCGAGUCGGGUCUGACCGACAUCGAGGCCGAGCUGUCCACUACGGGCUCCAGGCUCGCUAGCCGCCAGGUCUCCUGUGACAUCAGCAGAGACACGACGGAGCUCCCGGACUUCAAACCCUCAUCCAGCUUCAAGUCCAAGCUGAAGAGCCGCGACUCUGGCAUCUUUGAAAGGACAUCCUACGACACCGACAUCUCCACGACCGCAGUCACUGAGCGCAGCAGUAACGUCAACAGCGGGGACGCGGCAGACGGGCAGCUGAUGAGCGGCGCCGUCGCUCGGAUCCCGAGCAUCGUCAUCACCGCGGAGACCGGGCCCUUCCUCGCCCCUGGACACGGCGGCUCCCGCAGAGCCCGGCCCAAAGCGGCAGAGGGUGGUUCUGGGUGGACCCAGCUGAGCGCCUGA